UGGAGGGCCAGGACAGGGGCAGAGGGCUUUUUCUCUGAAAGUACACUGUACCUCUCUGUGUCUUUCCUCUGAGCCCGGUCAGGAUGAGAACAGCGCUGCUCAUUGUUUAUCUGCUUCCUGCACUGACAGCGAUAGCACAGGCAACACCAGGGAGCGUUGACCCUGUGGUGUCUCUGAAAAAUGGCCGCAUCAGAGGGGGAUACAUUACGGCUAAAGGCACAGAAAGGAGGGUGAAGCAAUACCUGAGAAUCCCCUUUGCACGGCCCCCUGUGGGGCCCCUCCGCUGGACUGCUCCCCUGGAUGCACAGCCCUGGGAGGGGGAGAGAGACGGCACACAGCAGCCCCCCAUGUGCAUCCAGAAUCCACAAAUAGUUGUGGAUGUUUCUAGAACCAUGUCGAUGCAUUACACCCCUCCAGAGCUCUCAGAGGACUGUCUGUAUCUGAACGUCUACACUCCCGCUGAGGCGGCAAAGGGGGACAAGCUGCCG